AUGGACGAACUCUUUCUCACACGAAGCGACCUCCCUGCCCGCUACACUUUUUUGACUCCUCGUUGGACAGCUCUGGCGCAUGCAAGGCCAGAAAUAGACCCCGGAUGCAUACGGAAGGACACUGGGAUUGGCAUCGAGCAGGCAGGCAACUCAACAUAUCUUGCUGAGGAGAUUGUUGGCGGGUUCAGCCGGCAUGAUAAACGGGUAGCGAUGAUUCUGUACACUGCUACAGUAUUGGUUGACAUGCAAGCGACGGCAUUGCAGGGCCCAUUCUAUGCCAGCCAAUACAAGGAUCUGUGUAGUGACGAGUUAGCUUGUCCCCCCGAAGUCGAGAUGGUGGAAAGUGAGGACACAGUACCGCCCAUUGUCUCGCUCCAACCUAGUGCCACUGGCUGCAAUGUUCUUCAUCGACAUCUACUGCGAAUACCAAGACCAAUUCUACGCCAAGCAAAAACCACUUCCUCCGGCAUGCCACACAACCCAUCCACGCCCGCCAUGGGUUAUUCUCAAGCAUCGAUGUCCGACAACGCGCCUACUCCCAAACUGCCAGCCAUCAGGAUCACGCAUGCAAAGAUCGUCGAGCAGAGAAUGCGGGAUGAUCCAUUUUGGGGAAUGCCGCGAAAGCCGCAACAAGACUACAUCUGGAGUGCAGAAGACAUCAAGGCCCACAGCGACAACAAUGCAUGGAUCCGGAGCUUACGAAGCAACAUCUGUUGCGCUCAUCUCGCUCCCCGUGUCGCUUGCGCCUGCACCACCUGCGAGGCGGAGGAGGAGAAGUUGCAUCAGAUGCAGGCACAAUUCUGGGCGGAUCUGAAGCACUGA